CUUUCGCUUCCCCGGCCACGUAAGUCACCUGUCAGCCCUCGUUACAUCCAUGGUGACUCCGGGGUCAUUCGAUGCUCCAGUAGACAAUCAGCGCAUAAGGCUAGGUUAAGUCACGCACAUCAAAUGCGGUUGAUCUCACAGAGAGAUGGACUUACGCCCGUGAGAUUCUGUUGCAGUGCUUAGUACACUACCUAGUCUGGGUAAAAUGGCGCAUCAAGCACACAACAUCCCCUGGAGUCUGCUGGCCUCUAAUCUUCACUGGAGCACCUUUUUGCAUAAAGGCCAUUUCGUCACAAAUCUCCGCCCGCGUAUGAAACCCAGUCAGGACAAAGAACUCACUUGCUUCACUCAAGCCUUUAUCCAGAACAUCGACGACCAUUCACUAUGCGAACGAAGGAACUAUCCCGCCGAAUUCGACCCACCUGCCUCUACAGAAGUCAUUCUCGUUUCUGUCAUUGUUCAUCAAAUCACCUCAACCGUGCGCCGAUGGCGGAGUUAUGGCUUCCGUGGGGAAUACCCUAGUGGGGUAUGUAAGGUGAAUCAACACGAGCAAGAUUGCCAGUGCAAGCCCCUGCCGGUCGAAGAGAGAACAGCAUCUGCCUUCCUUCGACCCCCUGGCUCGAGGCAGUGUGACGCCUUCUUCCGCGCGAACCGGGAAGCGUCUUUCAACAUCGAGGUCGUGAAAACUCUACUCUUGUACAGUGAAAUGAACCCAAUUCUACGCGUGUGUGCUCUUCCAGGGGUGCGGCUUAAGGGCUGGUGGCAUGAUGGGGAAUGCCAAUGUGCAGUGCUCGGAUGGGACCAAGUCUGCAUCAAGGCCCUCCGAGCCGGUAUCUGUUUGAACACGAUUCGGUGCUUUCCUGCACUAUGGAACAACGCUGCUGGAAGAACCAAGAAACAGGACUACCGCAAUAGCAAGUUCUACCAGUUUACUUUGAGGACAUGCACAGGCGCUGGAAAUAUCUCUGAUGUGAGCACAUACCCGCAUCGUCAAUUUUCGGAAUCCGCGACGACCAAUUUCAAGGCGCUGACGAUUGACGAACUUCUGACCUUGGAGAGUGUAAGGCUAGAAGGUCAGCAUCAGCCCGGUCAGUCGGACACCCUCCUUGUUCGGAACCUUUUGUAUCGAAAAGGUUUGCCGGUGGAGCUGGUAUUGGAGGUGAUGGAAAUAACCGGUUAUGGGCCUCUGGGACGACUGAGUGAGCCAGAGGAUCCAAUUCACCCGUCAAAUCGAGAUGAAUUGGCUCGCUAUCUCACGUAUUGUUGGCGUCUGCUGGUUCAUUGCGAUAUGAUGGCCAAGGCUCUGGGCAUGAAACUGCCCUGGAAAGAGCUUCUAGGCAAUUGUAUUGUAGACCUUUGGGUGGAUGAGGUCUAUGGGAAGGGGGGGGGGGGGGGGUUCUAUUGGGCGCGGCGAGAUGUGAGCUAUAACGGGUUGCCCAAGGUUUUCAUCAAACCUGAAUCCUCGGUGGAGAUAUGAAGAUACCCUGUGAGGCUAUCCGGAUGAAUACAAUCCCCUGGAUGUCGGCGAUCCUACUCAUUCCAUUUAGCGAUGGGUUUGACUUACAAUGACUUGAUAGUAUGCGGGGCUAAUUCUCGAUUCGUAAAAGUUCAAAAAUCAUUCUAUCUUUGAACUUGGAUCACUCCAGCACGCAUAUCAGGGCACUUGGGAGAAUCAGCUGUCGCAAGUCUGGGUUGUGUUGAGCUGAUGUCCAAUCCGCAAAUACCAGCACAGAUGCUUGCAUCCUUGGGUGUUUUCACUGUAGUAUUG